ACGAAUGUCAGUUUAUGUCAAACAGAUAACGUCAAUCAACGAGUCUGGCUGUGUGUUUACUGCUUGUUUUUAUUUAAUAAUUAUCGAUUUAACUUCCCGAGAUGGUUCAGGCGUGGUAUAUGGACGAGGAGAAAACUGACCAGCGAUUGGAGCACCACAGGAAUCCUCCAGAAUACCUUACUCUCGAAGACUUGUUUAAGAAAACCGGUGUGGAAUAUUUCAAACUAAACGUGGACACUUACACAUCAGAUGGAGUGUUGGACAAGCUGAAGAAGGAAAGAGGGUACAGCUAUGAGGAUGAGAUGGUCUGCUCCAAGGAGUGCUUGCCCAACUAUGAGGAGAAAAUCAAGUCAUUCUUCACCGAGCAUCUGCAUACUGAUGAGGAGAUCAGAUUCAUUCUGGACGGCUCGGGCUACUUCGACGUGCGCGACGGUGCCGACCAGUGGAUCCGCAUCGCUGUCAGCGCGGGAGACAUGAUCGUCAUACCGAGCGGCAUCUAUCACCGGUUCACGCUUGAUACCAAGAACUACAUCAAAGCAAAGCGUUUCUUCAUCGGUGAGCCAGUGUGGCUACCUUACAACCGGCCAGCAGACGACAUGGAGUGCCGCAAGGAGUACGUAGACAAACUCGAGAAGGGAUUCGUGGCGGCCGCCUGUUAAGAAUGCUGUGAAAUGUGACACAGAUUAAUAAAUACAAGGAGUGGUUUAAGAUCUUUCUAAAAUGUCUGUAUUUGAAAACUAUUGCUGCUUUCUAAAUGCAUAGGGUUUAAAACAAAAAAAAAUACAGUCUAUAUUUAUUAAAUGUGUAUCUUCUCAUAUUUUAAUUAUUUGUACAAACAUUUGGAUGUCUCAAAAGCACAAAAUGUAUAUGGCACUAAUUUAUACUAAUCAACUUUAUGUACCUACAUUUUACUAUCAAUAUUAUCAUAAAGCAGAAUCUUGAACAAUCACUCUUUAUUUACUAAUCUAUGUGGAAUACUCAAAACAGAUUAUCCACUAAUACGACGCUUUUGCGUAAAUAAUCCUUGUAAGUUAAUAUAUAAGCAAGUAUAUGUAGGAAAUUGGUAGGAAAGAUAUAAAUCUCGUAAAUACAGAUAAUGUGAUAACAUUUUGUAGCGUUUGACAGCUACAGUCAGUGAGAAAAGAAAACUAAUUCCAUUUAGAAAGUAAAUUUAAAUAAAAGAAACUCAUUAAAAAAGAAUUCAGCUGUAACUGAAUUUAUUGUAAAUAUCUUUACUUAAAUAAUGUCUUCAAAUGUUUGUCUUUUAUGCCCUAAUUGAGGUUACCUUAUUAUGUUAUGCCUUCACCGAAUGCUUUUGCUUUUGGUUUUUAAUAACAGAUGCAAGUAUAAGAAGAAGUAUAAGACUUUCCAAUCUUCAGAUAAGUGUUAUGUUAUCACAAGCAUGUUUUGAGAAAUUUUCAUUGGUGCUACUUCGGAUUCGGUCGUGCAACUACAUGUAUACGAUACGAAUCUGGUUAUCGACCUGCUAGGCCAACACAAUAUUUUCUAUACCGAGAAGGGACAGAAUUGAUCAUCAGCAAUGGCAAACAAAUAUAUCAUAUAAAGUGUAUGUCUCAUAUUUCACUAGAACUAAGGAAGGCGAAAUAUAAUAACAUCUAUCCAUCUAAUUAAGAAAAGUAAAGUAACACACUUGAAAACGUAAAGUUUGCUCAAACGAACGCAAUUUGAAAGCAAGGCAAGUCAAUGGGUUUCUUGGUAAAUUAUCCACACUUAUGCUAAAAUAUUUUGUAUCUAAUAUAUUAUAGACGUUAUAUAAUUGUUACCUUUCUAUCCUGUUGUUAUAAAUAUACAAAUUAUACUGUAAAUAA